CGUCCAAGUCCAAGUCCGAAAUCCGUGUGUCCGCCUUCGCCCUCGGCGCGUGUUUUAAGUACAAAGAAAAAAAAAGGCACCACUUCUGGGAGCACUUAGCAGAGUAUCUCCAGAGAACUCCAGCCCAAAAUCAUAACCAAAAUCCAGAGCCAAAGUCUGGAAAUCUGUUGCCUGGACACACGGUUCCCCCCGCCUCAAACGCGUGGCCUUCGAUCGUUCGUUCGUUGUUUGUUUGUUGUAUCAUCUGCUGGUGCUGGUGCUGGUACUGGUACUGGUACUGGUGCUAGUGCUUUUUGUUUGAUUAGCCAGCUUGUUGGAAGAGUGACGGCCUGCUGCACCCAAAUGUGGAGCACCUCAUUAAUGUGGCUUCUGUGAUAGAAAAUCGCGCGAACUUCGCUCUCCUUCUCCUCCUUCUCCUUAUCCUUAUCCUUGCAUCCCAAUCCAUACUUCAAUCCAUACACAAAACCUUAAACGGUCGGAGUCCCGGACCCUCAACGACCCAACGACACACGGCAACCAAAAGGCCACAUACCGCCACGCGAAAACGACAAUAAUAAGUUACGGAACGACCAGGGGGCAGGAUGCGCUGUUUGAAUGAUUGACCGCCUUCAGAUUCGUCGCUUGGGUGCAGCUGCUAGAAACAAACGCGCAGGAGGAGGAGGAGGAGGCGGAGCAGGGCAGGGCGCAGCAGCAGCAUCAGCCGCAGGAGCAGCAGGUGCAUCUGGUGCAUCUAGUGCAGGAGCAGCAGCAGCGGGUGGCAGUGGCAGCGGCAGCGGCGGAGGAGGUGGAGGUGGAGGCAUCGCCACAAGCAGCGGCGGCGGCAGCGGCAGCUUCCAUUCCCGUUCGCAUUCGGCCAGCGGCAUCAAUACGCCGGCAACGGCCAGCACCAGCUCCUCCAGCGGCAACAGCUUGACCCCCCAGCAGCAACAGCAGCAUCCACAUCCAGCACACGCUCAUCCACUUACCCAUCCGCACCACCAUCCCCACCCGCAUCCACAUCCCCAUCCCCUCCAUCAUCCGCACCCGCAUCCCCUCCACCAUCCGCACCCACAUCCCCUCCAUUCCCAUCCGCAUCCACACCUGCGGCACACGCAGCAGGCGGCGACCGGCAGCCAGUUCACCUUCAAUCCAUCGCCCGGCAGCAGUCCUGGCAACGGACUGCCAGGAGCUCGCCAGGAUGCGGCCAGUGCGCUCAACAGUCCAACGACCAUUGUGAACUCGGGCAGCGGGAGCGGCGGCGGCAGCAGCACCCUCGCCUACGGGAUGCAGCAGCCGCUGCAGCAACAGCAGCAGGCCGGCGGCUCAUCGACCACGGCGGCCCCAUCCACCACGGGGCUGGGCAGCAGUCAGGCCGCCAGCAGUGGGCACAAUAAUGGCGCCGGGCUCGGUAUGGGUCUCGGUAUGGGGCUGGCCGCCGGAGGAAUCGGAGUCGGUGUCGGCGGUGGCGGUGGCGGAGGCCUCAAUCUGCUCGGCGGCAUCGGUGGCCUUGGCAGCAUGGGCGGCGGUGCCGCCGCCGCCGGCCUGGGCAUCUGCGGUGGCAUUAGCAGCACUGUCGGCAGUGCGGCCAUUACGGGAGUGCCGCCCAUCGGCCUGGGGAUUGCGACCGGCAUCGGGAACAAAAUCAUGCUGGGGCGCAAACAGAGCCUCAAGGGCGGCGAGCCCUUCCUGGCCGACUACGGGCCGGAGGAGUCACUCAAUGAGAGCGCCGACAUCGAGUGGGUCAACAAGCUGUGGGUGCGCCGCCUGAUGCGUCUCUGUGCCUUGGUCUCGCUGACCUCCGUAUCCCUGAACACGCCCAAAACCUUCGAGCGUUACCCGUCGUUGCAGUACAUUACGUUCGUCUCGGACACGGCCGUCACGCUGCUCUUCACCGCCGAAAUGAUAGCCAAAAUGCACAUCCGCGGUGUGCUCCAUGGGGAGGUGCCUUACCUGAAGGAUCAUUGGUGCCAGUUCGAUGCUUCCAUGGUGAGCUUCCUGUGGAUCUCCAUUAUUCUUCAGAUAUUCGAGGUGCUCGAGAUAGUUCCCAAGUUUUCCUACCUCUCCAUCAUGCGUGCCCCACGGCCACUGAUCAUGAUCCGUUUCCUGCGUGUCUUCCUUAAGUUUAGCAUGCCGAAGAGUCGAAUCAAUCAGAUCUUUAAACGAUCGAGUCAACAGAUAUAUAAUGUAACGCUGUUCUUCCUGUUCUUCAUGUCCCUCUACGGACUGUUGGGCGUUCAGUUCUUUGGCGAACUGAAGAAUCACUGUGUGAUGAACAAUACGGAGUAUGAUCUGCUGGGCAGACCAGUUUUGACCAUCAAUUCGCUGGCCAUACCGGACACCUUUUGCUCCAUGGAUCCGGACUCGGGGUAUCAGUGCUCGCCGGGUAUGCGGUGCAUGAAGAUGGACUUUCUCAGCAGCUAUGUAAUUGGAUUCAAUGGUUUCGAGGAUAUUGCCACGAGUAUCUUUACGGUGUACCAGGCGGCCUCGCAGGAGGGCUGGGUGUUCAUCAUGUACCGGGCCAUAGACUCACUGCCAGCCUGGCGGGCAGCCUUUUACUUUAGCACAAUGAUCUUCUUCCUGGCGUGGCUGGUGAAAAAUGUGUUCAUAGCUGUCAUCACGGAGACCUUCAACGAGAUACGCGUACAGUUCCAGCAGAUGUGGGGCGCACGCGGUCACAUCCAGAAGACGGCCGCCUCCCAGAUACUGAGCGGCAACGAUUCCGGCUGGCGGCUGGUCACCAUCGAUGACAACAAGCACGGCGGACUGGCGCCAGAGACGUGCCAUGCUAUACUCCGAUCCCCGUACUUCCGGAUGCUGGUGAUGACUGUGAUCCUGGCCAAUGGCAUUGUGACGGCCACCAUGACGUUCAAGCACGAUGGCCGGCCACGUUCGGUGUUCUACGAGCGCUACUACUACAUCGAGCUGGUGUUCACGUGCCUGCUCGACCUGGAGACCCUCUUCAAGAUCUACUGCCUUGGCUGGCGGGGCUACUACAAGCAUUCGAUACACAAAUUCGAACUGCUUUUGGCGGCGGGCACCACCCUGCACAUUGUGCCCAUGUUCUAUCCGUCCGGGCUGACAUACUUCCAGGUGCUGCGGGUGGUGCGACUGAUCAAGGCCUCACCGAUGCUGGAGGGCUUCGUCUACAAGAUCUUUGGGCCGGGCAAGAAGCUCGGAUCGUUGAUUAUCUUCACCAUGUGCCUGCUGAUCAUCAGCUCCAGCAUUUCGAUGCAGUUGUUUUGCUUCCUGUGCGACUUCACCAAGUUCGAGUCGUUCCCGGAGGCGUUCAUGAGCAUGUUCCAGAUCCUCACCCAGGAGGCCUGGGUGGAGGUAAUGGACGAGACAAUGAUACGCACCAGCAAGACCCUCACACCGCUGGUCGCGGUCUACUUCAUACUCUACCAUCUGUUUGUCACCCUCAUUGUGCUCAGUCUGUUCGUGGCGGUCAUUUUGGAUAACUUGGAGCUGGACGAGGACAUCAAGAAGCUGAAGCAGCUCAAAUUUCGCGAACAAAGCGCCGAGAUCAAGGAGACCCUACCCUUCCGUCUGCGCAUAUUCGAGAAGUUCCCGGACUCCCCACAGAUGACGAUACUACAUCGCAUACCCAACGAUUUUAUGCUGCCCAAGGUACGUGAGAGCUUCAUGAAGCACUUUGUGAUCGAGCUGGAGACGGAGGAUCCCUCCCUGGUGGAGAACUGCAAGCGACCCAUGUCCGAGUGCUGGGAAUCGAAUGUUGUCUUUCGCAAGCAAAAGCCUGUGCGGAUUAUGAACAAGACAGCGAAGGUAAGGGCUGCCGGCAGCAGUCUCCGCAAGCUGGCCAUCACGCACAUCAUCAAUGACAGCAAUAAUCAACGUUUAAUGCUGGGCGACUCGGCCAUGUUACCUGUGGUGGGGACCAAGGGCGGCGGUGGCCUCAAAUCGCAGGGCACCAUCACCCACUCGAAGCCGUGGCGCGUCGAUCAAAAAAAGUUCGGCUCUCGUUCCAUUCGUCGCAGCGUUCGCUCGGGCUCCAUCAAGCUGAAGCAGACGUACGAGCAUCUGAUGGAGAACGGGGAUAUUGCGGCCGCCCCGAGGGCGAAUUCGGGUCGGGCCAGGCCCCACGAUCUGGACAUUAAGCUGCUGCAGGCGAAGCGCCAGCAGGCAGAGAUGCGACGCAAUCAGCGGGAGGAGGAUCUAAGAGAGAAUCAUCCGUUCUUUGAUACGCCGCUGUUUCUGGUGCCGCGGGAGAGUCGCUUCCGAAAGAUAUGCCAGAGGAUUGUCCAUGCCCGCUACGAUGCCAGGCUAAAGGAUCCGCUGACGGGCAAGGAGCGCAAGGUCCAGUACAAGAGUUUGCACAACUUUCUGGGCCUGGUCACGUACCUGGACUGGGUGAUGAUAUUCGCCACGACGCUCUCCUGCAUCUCGAUGAUGUUCGAGACGCCCAACUAUCGGGUAAUGGAUCAUCCGACGCUGCAGAUAGCCGAGUAUGGCUUCGUGAUCUUCAUGAGUCUUGAGCUGGCCCUCAAGAUACUCGCCGACGGUCUGUUCUUUACGCCCAAGGCGUACAUCAAGGAUGUGGCAGCGGCCCUCGAUGUGUUCAUCUAUGUGGUAUCCACAUCGUUUCUGUGCUGGAUGCCACUCAACAUACCCACCAAUUCGGCAGCACAGCUCCUCAUGAUCCUGCGCUGUGUGCGUCCCCUGCGGAUCUUCACCCUGGUGCCGCACAUGCGCAAGGUCGUCUACGAGCUGUGCCGCGGCUUCAAGGAGAUCCUCUUGGUAUCCACGCUCCUCAUACUCCUCAUGUUCAUCUUUGCCAGUUAUGGGGUACAGCUCUAUGGCGGACGGCUGGCCCGUUGCAACGAUCCCACUAUCCCAAGGCGAGAGGAUUGCGUUGGCGUCUUUAUGCGCAGGGUUUUUGUGACGAAAAUGAAGCUGACACCGGGUCCCGACGAGUCCUAUCCGGCCAUGCUGGUGCCGCGGGUGUGGGCCAAUCCCCGGCGCUUCAAUUUCGACAAUAUCGGGGACGCCAUGCUGACGCUGUUCGAGGUUCUAUCCUUCAAGGGCUGGCUGGACGUGCGCGAUGUUCUCAUCAAGGCUGUGGGUCCGGUCCAUGCCGUCUAUAUCCACAUCUACAUCUUCUUGGGCUGCAUGAUCGGCCUCACCCUGUUCGUGGGCGUGGUCAUUGCCAAUUAUUCGGAGAACAAAGGCACCGCCCUGCUCACCGUCGACCAGCGACGAUGGUGUGACCUCAAGAAGCGACUGAAGAUUGCCCAGCCGUUGCACUUGCCGCCGCGACCCGAUGGACGCAAGAUCCGUGCCUUCACCUACGACAUCACGCAGCACAUCAUCUUCAAGCGGGUGAUCGCUGUGGUGGUGCUGAUCAACAGCAUGCUGCUCUCCAUAACGUGGAUCAAGGGCGAGGUGCAUACGGAACGCCUGGUGAUCGUCAGUGCGGUCCUGACCUUUGUCUUUGUGGUUGAGGUGGUGAUGAAGAACAUUGCCUUUACACCGCGCGGCUAUUGGCAAUCUAGGCGCAAUCGAUAUGAUCUACUCGUCACCGUUGCCGGCGUCAUUUGGAUUAUAUUACAGACGAUAUUGAGGAACGAUCUGUCGUACUUCUUUGGCUUCAUGGUGGUCAUCCUGCGCUUCUUCACCAUCACCGGCAAGCACACCACACUGAAGAUGCUCAUGUUGACCGUGGGCGUGUCUGUAUGCAAGUCCUUCUUCAUUAUUUUUGGCAUGUUUCUGCUGGUAUUCUUCUAUGCGCUGGCCGGGACCAUACUCUUUGGCACCGUGAAGUACGGCGAGGGCAUUGGAAGGCGGGCAAAUUUCGGUUCACCUGUGACCGGGGUGGCCAUGCUCUUUCGGAUUGUCACUGGCGAGGAUUGGAACAAAAUCAUGCACGACUGUAUGGUCCAGCCGCCGUACUGUACUCUGGGUAACAACUAUUGGGAGACGGAUUGUGGCAAUUUUACGGCCAGUCUGAUAUACUUUUGCACCUUCUACGUGAUCAUUACGUACAUUGUGCUCAAUCUUUUAGUGGCUAUUAUCAUGGAGAACUUUUCGCUGUUCUACUCGAAUGAAGAGGACGCAUUGCUCUCGUAUGCGGAUAUACGCAAUUUUCAGAACACCUGGAACAUUGUCGACAUUCACCAGCGGGGCGUGAUACCCGUGCGGCGCGUGAAGUUCAUACUGCGCCUGCUCAAGGGUCGACUCGAGUGCGAUCCGCAAAAGGAUCGCCUGCUGUUCAAGUAUAUGUGCUAUGAGCUGGACAAGCUGCACAAUGGCGAGGAUGUCACCUUCCACGAUGUCAUCAACAUGCUGAGUUAUCGCUCGGUGGACAUACGCAAGGCUCUGCAGCUGGAGGAGCUGUUGGCGCGCGAGGAGUUCGAGUACCUGGUGGAGGAGGAGGUGGCCAAAAUGACCAUACGCACCUGGCUGGAGGGUUGCCUCAAAAAGAUACGAGCCCAAAAUGCCAGCAAGCAGCAAAACUCGUUGAUUGCUGGACUGAGGGCCACCAAUGAGCAGCCCGUGAUGCGGCCGAAUGUACAGGAGGAUAAGGCGCCCAUUGGGACGGCGGAUAAGCCGGCCAUCAGCACAAUAAGCGGAGCAGUGGCGGGCACGUGUCCGCCGACCAGCGAUGCCUUCUCGCCGACCUUCAGCUCGACGGAGAAUGAGGAGAAGGAUGCCAGCAGCAGUGCCGUGGCACUGCCCCACUCGGAGCCGAUUCCCGUUGUGGCCACGGUGGCGACAGCCCCGUCGGCAGCCCGUCACGUGAUGUCGGUGGGCAAGCGGGCCUAUGCCCUCAAUCGUUCCGACUCAACGGGCAGUUCGGCGGGUCGCAAGUUCCUGGCACCCACCUCCAGUGAUCCGCAGCAGCGCUCAACGCUGAGCGACAAGGAGCGGCUGCAUAUCAGCAGCCAGCAGCGGAAGAAGAACUCGAUGACCACACUGCCGCAUGCUGGACAGCUGGGGCAGCUGGGCAAGCAACGGGGAGGGGUGAGCAGCGACUCGGCCAGCAAGUCGGCCAGCUUCUUUGCUCAGCUGAAUAGCGAGAUUGGCCAGUUCCACUAUCCGACAAUAAACGCUGCCGCCGCCUACGGCCAUGGCCUGGAUCAGCACCAUCAUCUUCACCAUCAUCAGCAGCAGCAGCAGCAUCAGCAUUCGCAUCAGCAUCAGCAUCAGCAUCACGGGGGUGGUGCCGGUGCCAUCGGCAGUCCCUCGGCGAUGAUGAGCCAAAUGAUCGGUGGCAGUGGGAAGCUGUUGCCAUUCAACAAUCAGGCGAAUGCCGUCUACGAGGUGCACGACUGGUGGCAGGAGCAGGUACUCUGCACCCAGACCAGCGACGACGAGAUCUAGCCAAACGACGAGAUCGAUCUGGAUGUGGAUGUAGAUCUGGAUCUGGAUCUGGAUCUUGAUCAGAGCUGGAUUAGAUCGUGUAGUCCAAUCGGAGCCUAUUAACAUUAUAAACUAGUGGCCUAGAGUUUUAUAUAUAUAAAAAAAAUGCCUAAGUGUGUAAUGCAAAAUGUACAUGUAUCCGAGGCCUGAGAACGGUUAACACUUACCAUAAUUACGAUAAUAGCUAUAGCGAUAUAGAGGAUAUAUGAUAUAUAUAAAUGAUAUAUGAGAUAUGGGAAGAUAUAGCGGGUUAGAUAGAGAGAGAGACACAUAGGCGGACAAAAACCACAAUUAGUUUCUAUGUUCUGUUGUUGUUUGUGCGCUAGAUGGAUCAGAUCAGUCUUUGUUAUAGCUUAAAUAUAUACAAAGAGAUACUA